AUAUUACUUAUGGUUUUUUAAUAAAAAAAAUUAAAUAUCUUUUAAUUGUACGCAAAUAGUUUUGUUAAUUUUAUUACAAGCAAUACUUCUAAAUCAUAAACAUCAUGAAUAAAUCUAAAGAUAAUGAUCAAACGUUUGUAAUUAAAAUUUUGGACGAUUUGCGAUCAAAUAAUCGGACAAAUCCAUUAAGAAUGCGAUAUGAUACCAGCAUGAUCUCUUCAAAUGAUUCAUUGUUACUAUCRAAUAAACGACGACGUUCUUGCAGUCCCGAUUUACAAGAAUCUAUACUCACGCCAGUGACAUCACCGUGGGAAUCUCGUCGCAUAAAACAAGAUUUGAUUAAUGCUCGUGCAGAAAUUGCUUCACUCCAAGAAAGAAAUAAGACUCUUUUCAACCUUAAAAAAGAAUCUGAUAUCUUAUUUGAAAAAGAAAAAUCUGCUUUAGAACACAACAUCAAUAAAUCAAAAUUAAUGAUUGAUCAGUUAGAUAACAGGCUUAAGGAAAUCCGAUAUGAAAAAUCUAAUUUAAAAGAAGAAAAUGAUAGUUUAAUGAAAAAACUUGAGUCUGUAAUGGAAGAAAACCGACAUUAUACAUCAAAUCUGGAAAAAGAAAAAAAGGAACUCGAAGAUAAACUAAACAGUGUGACUUUAGAGCUUACAAAAUAUCAAAAUGAAAGCGUAUCAAGAAAUUGUACUGAUUAUGAAUUAAAUGAACUAAAAAAAACUCUAAGGUCAAAUGAAAAGUAUAUUGAAGAAUUAACCAGUAAUUUAAGAAAAAAACAAAUUGAAAUUAAUACGAUGAAUCCUGCAUCCGAAGGAUUCAAUCAUUAUCAAAAUGAAUUGGCCAAAGCUAAACAAGAAAUAGAAAAAUUAAAGGAACGAAUUAAAGCUAUGCAAGAAGGAAUAUCUAUGAAUCUGACUCAAGUUGUAGAUAAUAGAGUUGAAACAAAUGCAUCUCAAGAAGUAGAAGUUCUUAAAGAAAAAUUAAAAUCUCAAGAAAUUCAAAAUCAAAGGCUACGUGAAGUUUUUAAAAAGAGUAGUCAAGAAUUUAGAGAGUCUGUUUACACAUUGUUAGGUUUUAAGGUUGAUGGACUUCAAAAUAACAUGUAUAGACUGACAAGCCAAUUUGCUUUUCAUGAAGAAGACAACUUAAUGUUCCAACUAAAUGAAGGUUCAAUGCAUUUGCUAGAAACUCCUUUUUCAAAAACUAUUGAAGAAAUGAUAGCCUUACACCUUGGUCAACAACGUUCAAUACCAGUUUUACUAUCUAGUCUGACUAUUGACUUAUUUAGUAAGCAAAGCAUGAUCAUGACUGCUGAUUCGACACGGCUUGAAUCAGCCAUCAACUAGAAUUGACUAGACCACGUGACUUUAAUUAUCCAACUAUUAAUAUUUAUUUUUAGAUAAAUCUAUAAAUGUUUAAAUAUAACUAUUUUUAUUUUCAAGAAUUUACUAGA